AUGGAAAACCAGUGCUGUAAAAUCCCCUGGAUCCCUGUGCACCUGGAUCCAGGUGGGACAUCAGGCCUGUUCCUCCCUGUCUCCUGGGUUAUCCCAUUGAUUCGAAUCCCGGAUUUCCUUUCCAGGACUCCCCUCAUGAUGGCUUGCACCAGGAAAAACCUGGAGGUGAUCAGAUCCCUGGUGGAGCACGGAGCCAACCCGCUGCUGAGGAAUAAGGAUGGCUGGAAUUGCUUCCACAUUGCCAGCAGGGAGGAGCAUCCCGAGGUGCUCCGGUACCUCCUGGAUGUGUCCCCAGGGAUCUGGGACACGGAGAGCACCAUCAGGAGGACACCCCUGCACACGGCAGCCAUGCACGGCUGUUCCCAGGUCGUGGAGCUGCUCCUGGAGCGGUGCCACUACCGACCUGACAGCAGGGACAGGUGUGGAGUCACUCCCUUCAUGGAUGCAAUCCAGAACGGGCACCUCGACAUCGCCCGGAUGCUCCUGGAAAAACACCAGGCGUGUCCCACAGCCAUGGAUGCCCUGGGAGCUCAGGCCCUGCACAGGGCAGCUGUGACAGCCCAGGAUGGAUCCAUCCAGUUCCUGGUGUCCGAGCUGGGGGUGGAUGUCAAUGGAAGAGCCACUUCCCUGCGGAUCCCGGCCCUGCACUACGCGGCCAAGGAAGGACACGGACGCACCAUCCUGACGCUGCUGUCCCUCGGCGCCGAUCUCCAGGCUCAGGAUGGGAAGAGCCGUUCCGCCCUGCACGCAGCCGUGGCCGGGCAGCAGGCGGAGGCCACGCGGAUCCUGCUCCGUGCCGGGCUCCGGGACACUCCGGAUGGCUCGGGAACGCUGGCCCAGCAGCUCGCCAGGAAGCCAGAGGUGAUCCAGGUGUUCCAGGAAUCCCAGGUCACCACGUGAGACACGAGGAACGGGAGGAGCCCGGUGGAUUUUUGGCCGGCGCGGGCUGAACUUCCUCCUGGUGCAGCUCCCUGCAGGGAAAUAUCCAAGGAAGAUGCCACCUCGUGGGACCUGCCUGACUCCUGCUGGGACAUUCCCACACCAUGGACAUCCCAAAGGAGAAGAUCCACCCGGAAUGUUGGGUUUUAUGGCCCUUCAUGGACCUGCUCUCCACUAAAUUCCUUUAAUUACCAUCUCUUUGGACAAGGACAGGGAAUCUUCAAGCUGCAUCAACCUUUUGGGAUCCCAAAGCUGAUCCCAAAUCUUGCUGGAAUCCACAGUGGGAUCUCAGCCUGGCAGUGACAUUGAGGGUCUUUGGAUCGGGCCGAAAAAAAAAAGGAGCUGGAAUUGCAAAUUCCAUAGAAACCUUGUUUGUGCCUAAUGCCAAGAGGGAAAACCAACGGGAUUCUGCUUUUUUGGGGGUAGGAGAGGUGGAAAAUCAUGCAGGGAUUGAGUUGUCUCAUUUCUCCAUCUGUGGAGAAGGAGGAAAAAUUCUUCCCCAGGGGAAAAAAGGAAUUAUUGCUGAAGGUGCUGGUGGGUGGUGGGAGCUGGAUCAGGCUGGGCAAGGGAGUGCUUUUAUCCCUAUAAAAA